AUGGCCACACCCCGGGCACAUCCUCCGUGGCCCUUCCUGCUCCUCCUGGUCUUCCUGGGUCCCCUCCACGCCCGGCCCCUCCUCCAGCACUCCUCCAUCAACGUGGCGGUGGUGUUCAGCGGCUCCGGCUACCAGAGCGAGGUCCGAGGGCGGCUGAGCGGCGAGAACUUCGUGGACCUGCCGGUGGUGGUGAGCCCCGUGACGGUGCUGGUGAACGACACCAACCCCCGGGACCUGCUGACGCGCCUCUGCCACGCCAUGGCCACGGAGAAGCUGCACGGCGUGGUGUUUGAGGACGACGUGGGGUCGGGCGCCGGCGCGCAGGUGGCCGAGGUGGCGCAGAUCCUGGACUUCCUGUCCACCCAGACCGCUCUGCCAAUCGUGGGCAUCAGCGGCGGCUCGGCGGUGGUCAUUCCGUACAAGACGGAGGGGUCGUCCUUCCUGCAGAUGGGCGCGUCCCUGGAGCAGCAGGUCCUCUGCAUGUUUAAGCUGAUGGAAGAAUACGACUGGGGUGAGUUCGCCGUCAUCACCAGCUUGCUUCCAGGAUACGACACCUUUGUGGACAUGGUGGAGUCCUACACGGACACUUCCUACUUCCUGUGGCACCUGCAGGACGUCCUGUCCAUGGAAAUGUCCGUCGGCGCAAACGACGCCAGAACCAGGCGCAUUCUGCAGCAGGUGGACUCCCAGGUCCUGCUGGUCUACUGCUCCUUCGAGGAGGCCCACUUCCUGUUCCACCAGGCGACCGAGGUGGGCCUGGUGGGGCCGGGCUACAUCUGGAUCCUCCCCAGCCUGGCCGUGGGCAACCCCGAGAUCCCGCCGCCCGCCAGCUUCCCCGUGGGCGUGAUCGGCGUCAUCACCGAGCAGUGGAGGAAGAGCCUGCGGCAGCGAGUCAGGGAGGGCGUGGCCAUCGUCGCCAAGGGCGCCGAGAGCUUCAAGAAGCAGCGGGGCUUCAUCCCCGAGGGACACGGCGACUGCAGCAAGCCCGCUAAACACUCCGCCAACAAUACUCUCUUCAGACACAUGCUGAACGUGACGUGGGAGAGGAGAGACCUGUCCUUCAACAGCCAAGGCUUCCUGUCCAACCCUUCUAUGGUUAUCAUCGCCCUGGACCGAGAGCGAGUGUGGGACAAGGUGGGCACCUACUCUCGGGACAUCCUGCAGGUGCGCUACCCCGUCUGGCCUCGCUACGGCAACUUCCUGGAACAUGUGACUGAUGACCGCCACCUGACUGUGGCUACGCUGGAGGAACAUCCCUUUGUCAUCGUGGAGAAUGUAGACCCUGGUACUGGAACCUGUGUCCGCAACACUGUGCCUUGUAGGCGCCAGUCCAACCACACCGAGAGAAUCAUCGGACACUCCGAGUCGUACACCAAGCUGUGCUGCAAGGGCUUCUGCAUCGACAUCCUGAAGAAACUGUCUCGCACCAUCAAGUUCUCCUACGACCUCUACCUGGUCACCAACGGGAAGCACGGCAAGCUCGUCCGCGGCACUUGGAACGGAAUGAUUGGAGAGGUGUUCUACAGACGUGCCGACAUGGCCAUCGGCUCCCUCACCAUCAACGAGGAGCGCUCGGAGAUCAUCGACUUCUCCGUGCCGUUUGUGGAGACGGGCAUCAGCGUCAUGGUGGCGCGCAGCAACGGCACCGUCUCCCCGUCCGCCUUCCUCGAACCCUACAGUCCGGCCGUGUGGGUCAUGAUGUUCGUGAUGUGCCUGACGGUGGUGGCCGUGACGGUGUUCGUGUUCGAGUACUUCAGUCCGGUCGGCUACAACCGCAGCCUGGUGAGCGCCAAAGCCCCGGGCGGCCCCACCUUCACCAUCGGCAAGUCGGUGUGGCUGCUGUGGGGCAUCGUCUUCAACAACUCGGUGCCCAUCGAGAACCAGGGCACCACCAGCAAGAUCAUGGUGCUGAUCUGGGCCUUCUUCGCCGUCAUCUUCCUGGCCUCCUACACCGCCAACCUGGCCGCCUUCAUGAUCCAGGAGCAGUACAUCGACACGGUCUCGGGGCUCUCGGACAAGAAGUUCCAGAAGCCGCACGAGCAUUACCCUCCUUUCCGCUUCGGGACGGUCCCGAACGGCAGCACGGAGAGGAACAUCCGCAGCAACUACCCCGACAUGCACAUGCACAUGACCAAGUACAACCAGAAGGGGGUGGAGGAGGCGCUCAACAGCCUCAAGACCGGGAAGCUGGACGCCUUCAUCUACGACGCGGCCGUGCUGAACUACAUGGCGGGCAAAGACGAGGGCUGCAAGCUGGUGACCAUCGGCAGCGGCAAAGUCUUCGCCACCACGGGCUACGGCAUCGCCCUGCAGAAGAGCUCGCGCUGGAAGAGGCUCAUCGACCUGGCGCUGUUACAGUUCCUCGGAGACGGAGACACUCAGCGCCUGGAGACGGUGUGGCUGUCGGGCAUCUGCCAGAACGAGAAGAACGAGGUGAUGAGCAGCAAGCUGGACAUCGACAACAUGGCGGGCGUCUUCUACAUGCUGCUGGUGGCCAUGGGCCUCAGCCUGCUGGUGUUCGCCUGGGAGCACCUGCUCUACUGGAAGCUGCGCCACUCGCUGCGCAAGUCGCGCAAGCUCGACUACAUGUUGGCCGUCAGCAGGGCCAGACUCAAGAUAAGAGACAAGGAGAAUGUGUUUGAAGUGAGAGAAGUGAGGGCGGGGGUAGAUAUUGAAGAGGAGAUCUACCCGGCAUGCAACGCGGCGUCAUACAACAUAGCCAUCUUGUCAAGAGUGACCGAGGCGGGGAGGCGGGAGACUAGCAGGCCCGCUCCGGACUUUGGAGAGAACUCCGGGUCGCCGUUUGUGUCACUCCGGAGUCGCAUUUACCAGCGGCGUGUCGUCAAAUCGCACCCGGAGACCCGAGCGACUGCAAAGGGGAUGGCGCAGAUCCACCUCGUCUACAGUUAA